UUUUUUUCUCCUUGUCAGAUUAAAAUGAAGUUGCUUCAAGAGUCGACUGGUAAGAUGAGAGAACUGGAAAGACUCGGACUGGCUCUCGACAAGAAAGUGGCUCGGGUCAAAGGUCAAUCUGAUGCCACCAUUGGGGUGAACUCUCCUCUCACUCCACAAAAGAAAAUCAGUGUUUUCACAACUGGAGAAGCGAAAAACUUUCUCGACGAUAUUUUCCGAAUUCUGCUGAGAGCGAGGAGAAUCCUGUCAGCCUCGUAUUGCAUUGGAUACUUCAUCCCUGAUACAGAUGAGGAGGCCCUGGGGGCACAUGAAGUAUUGCAGGGCAAACUAGAGGAAGCAGUGGAGGUUGUCUCGGAGAUGGUCAAUAGACAAUACCUCCAAACACCACGCUCUAAAAUGAACGAAGCCGCUAGAAACGUCGACUACCUUUGCAGCGAAUAUCUCACCGAAAUGUUCGUGGUUGCGACAAUCGCCGAUCUGGCAGUAAAAGAAGCGGAAAAGCCUCCACCUCCGCGUGCCACCCCGCCCACUCCACAGGAGGACAGCCCGCCCCCUCGUAUGGGGGUGAUUCCCCUCGGCUUUGGACCAGCCGUUCCCGACCAACCGGAUGGAGAGAGGCGCUUCCGUUUGAUUGGUCUAUUGAAUCCCGAUGGAACAUUGCAUAUUUUACGAGUACCGGAAGAGGAGUUUCAAUAUCUUAGGGCCCCAGCAGACUAAUUAGCGUUAUGUGAAUGUACUUGUGAACUACAUGUAUAUAAUAAUUAUGAGUAUUCUGUUCAAGAAUUUAGCUGUGUGUGUGUAUGUAUAAACAUGUUAUUUUUCAUGUUGUUUGCACAGUCGUCAUUAAUAUUUUGU